GUCAUCUUGUGUUUUUGUUGAAAAUUUAGGUUAGUGCAAGUGCAACAACAUUCCUAGGUAUGGUAAUUUUUAAGUUGCAUAAAUUUACAAUUUAGGACAGAAACAAUUUUUCCUACUAUUUAAGAGGUAUUUUCCUCUAUUAAAACACGUCAUCGUUAGUGUCUGCUGUCAGUGAUUAUUCGGCACCAUGUUUUUCAAAGACGAUGAUUUUAUUGAAUUGGACAUCAAAGUAAAAAAAUGUAGUAAAGUUUACCAUGAAGGUGAUGUAAUCUCGGGAGUGGUGGUGUUCCAAUGUAAAAACGAUGUGAAACACGAUGGUAUCGAUUUGACAGUAGAAGGAUUAGUGAACCUACAGCUUAGCUCGAAAAAUGUUGGAAUAUUUGAAGCGUUUUACAAUUCAGUAAAACCAAUCAAUCUUGUUUCGAGUGUUUUGGAGAUAGCCAGCGCUGGUAAAAUGCCAGCAGGUAAAACUGAGAUACCGUUUGAAGCGCCUCUGCAAGCGUGUGCCAAUAGACGCUUGUAUGAAACUUAUCAUGGUGUAUUCAUCAAUAUUCAAUAUAACCUGCACUGUGACUUGAAGCGAAACUUCCUCCAUAAAGACCAUGGAAGAACGCUAGAGAUAAUGGUCGAGUACAGGAAGCAACCAGGCCUUCCAGCUGCACCGAAAAAGGACACAUCAGUCAACUUCACCAUCACUCCAGAAUCGUUGCAGAAUGUGAACGACCGAAGCCGAGUUCCUAGAUUUCUUGUAACCGGAAGGCUUGAUGCCACCGUUUGCGAAAUAUCGAAACCUUUUACCGGAGAGGUGAGCUUACUACUUUAUAGACGGGAAGGGGUCUUUUGCAGGAGAGAAUUGACUGAGAUUCAAACGAUCCAAAUCGGGGAAGGUAACAUAGUGAGAGGACUGGCUAUACCCGUUUACAUGAUUUUCCCAAGGAUGUUUACUUGUCCCACACUCACAACCAGUAACUUCAAAGUAGAAUUCGAAGUGAAUAUCGUUAUCAUUUUUGGAGAUGAACAUAUCAUCACAGAAAAUUUCCCAAUCACAUUGGUCAGAUAACUGAAGGCAGUUGGACGUGGAUACUAAACCAUAAAAUACUGUUGCAUCAUGAUUCGACAGCAAUAAUUGAUAUGAAGCUGGAUUUUAAUAUCAACUCGAAAAUAUGGAAAGCCUAUAAUACUGUCUAUGUGAGACAGUUGAAAUUUACUCGAUCUUCUCUACAGAAUCUUAGUUUAUUAUUCAGUGAAUUUGAAAAAAUAAGCAUGGGAAGGUAAGUUGUCAAUGGGCACUAGCCAAUGAGAACCGUAAGAUUUGUUAUCAUUAUUUUAAUUUACUUUUAUAAUAUUGUUAUUCAUUGUGUAAUUAAUUUGUAUAUAAAUUAUAUUUAUAUUGAAAU